AUGUUCGCGAAAAUUUUUGAUUCAAAAGAGAUUAAAAGAAAACAACGAGGAAGAUUUAACAAUUUACAGAAACGACGAAAAUCAUCAUCUGCUGCAUCAUCUUUCUUCAAGUGGACUCACGUGGGUGACCAAAUGCGCGGAUUAGUCGCUCUUCCAACACUGACAGUAACAGUACUUGGCAGCGGGGGAAUCGAUCAUCUAGCCGGCUACCUUGGCUUCGAAAACUGCGGAACAACGCCUGUCAAUUCUGAUGACGGAAAGGUCCGCUACGAGUUCCAAGAUUGCGAAGGUCCAAGAUGUCGACUAACAUACACGUGUCUCGAUGAGGACCAGUUCGAGCGACGAAAAAAUCUUCAAAACACUUCGGUCGUUUGUCGCGGCGUUAUUCACAAAGCCUGCUGCGGGCUGAGUAGAAGAUGGGUGUUGGAAAAUUCCUUUGGUCUGGACGACGAGCGGCUCAAGCAUCUCGGCGCGGCGCAAAUGUGCCACAAGAGAGUGGACAAAUGCGAGGUAGGCCAUUUAGAAGGUGAAAAUUUUAGCUUGUACUGCAUCGAUGGGGACGGGAAGAAAUGCGACACAAGUGGGGGGCACGUCGAUAUUGGCUGCCAAUGCAAGUUUCUCUGCAACGACGGCUUUUCCUACAAAAAGGAGCAUUACGAGCACAGUUCGUACAUGUGCGUAAAUGAACGCUGGAGCGCGAAGAUGAUUCGAAUCGCUGGCAGGAAGAUUUCGUCGAUGAAGGAUCACACCCCCUGCCAUUGA